GAGGAAGCGGUGAGGUCAGCUUUGUGGCGAUCAAGGUGCCAGCCCAGCGCAGCGCACGGAAAGCUUCGGCGGAAAUGGUUGUCGCGGAGGCCGCCGCCGCCGCGGGCAACGAGAUGAGCCUGUCCAACAUGGUGCUGGGCUUCUACGAGGAGGCCGAGAGGGAGAAGUGGGCGACCGAGGAGGCCGCCGGCGGCGGCGAUGGCAGCGACGAUGAGGGGGCCGCCGGCGGUGGAGGAGGAAGCGCCGAGAGCAGCGCGUUCUGGCAAGAGCAGCGCUCGCUUUUGCAUGAAGCGCUCGCCAAGAGGAGCUCCGCGGAGAGACGGAUCCAGGCGGACGCGGAAGAGGCCGUCAGGGAGAUGCGCGCCACGCCCGGCGGCGUCUGCUCCUGCGCGAGCCGCGCGGCCGCGGGAGCAGGGGCCUGCCGGGGCUGCGCGCUGCGGUUCGUGGCCGAGCGCCUGCGCGACGCCGGGUACAACAGCGCCAUCUGCAGGACCAGAUGGUGUCGCACCCCGGAAAUCCCAUCAGGGGAGCACAGCUACGUGGACGUGGUGGUGCCGACGAGGAGCGGCAAGGCGGUGCGGGUGGUGAUCGAGCCGGGAUUCCGCGCCGAGUUCGAGAUGGCGCGCGGCGGCGCCGAGUACAGGGCGCUGGUGGCCGCGCUGCCGGAGGUGUUCGUCGGCCGCUCGGAGAGGCUGCGGGCCGUGGUCCGGGUCAUGUGCGACGCCGCGAGGCAGUGCGCGCGCGAGAGCGGCAUGCACAUGGCGCCCUGGAGGAAGCACCGGUACAUGGAGGCCAAGUGGCUGGGCACGCCGGAGCGGGCCGCGCCGGGGGUGCCCGGGGGAGCGACGGUGGCGGCGGCGGCCGUCGGCUCGCCAGAGAAGCCUCCCAGGUUCAGGGCGUCCAUGCUCACGCUCGACUUCGGCGGCCGCACAGCGGUGGAGGUCGUGUGAUGAUGAACUGAUGAUCGCUGUCGAUUCCCGCCCUGACGACGACGACGGAUCAUCCCGUGAUGAGGAAACGAGCACUGUAUCUUACUGUGUGCGUGUUUUGUCAGCUUGCCCCGUCAUCUGAGACGGUGAUGUGGAUGUAGAUAGGAGUGGUAACGCGGUCAUGAGACAGGCAACGACUGAAAACUCUAUAUGUUCAUUUCGGGGCACAUUGCCUGUGAGUUUUCAGUGUACAUCCACUAUAUCAGGGAUUCAGGGUGCUUCACCCUGAAUGCCAUGUGCCACUGUGAAGAAAAAGAAGCUGAAGAGAAGUCGGAAUUGAAGAGUUUUUGCACCCUAA